AUGUCGUUUUAUAAUAAUCCAUAUAAAAAUCAUAAUAAAAUUAUAUCAAACUCAUCAUUAAUACCAGAACUGCCUUUAACAUCAUCACCAUCGCCAUCGUCUCCAGUAUUACCUUUAACAAUAAAUAAUUCUGGAACAAUAUCAUCAAGAUCAUGUCGAAUGUCAUGGUUUCUUGUACAACAAUUAGAAUCAAAAAUAUUAUCUAUAAUACAUUCGGUUGAUUUGGUACAUGAUACAAAUGCUGAUAUUUAUUUAAACAAAACAAUAACAUUUAAUAGAGAUCAAUCAAUAAUUGAAGCUAUUAUAUAUUUAAGCGGUAGAGAAAUUUUAAUUGAAGACGGCAAUGAAAAACGUUUAGCAACAAUCUUACAUUUUUCUGCUAAUGAAAAUGAAAUGAUGAAGGAAAUGCAAUUACUAAAAGAAAAAUCCUCUCAUUUGGCUCUUGAAGAAUCAUCAUUGAAUAAAAACUUUAAAUGGUUUCUUAUACAAUAUAGUAAUGGUUUGAAUAAUGUUAUUUAUUCAAUUAUAAACGAAGAUGAAACAAUUUGGGGUGAGGAUAAUUAUUUUAAUGAUUUUGUUACAUACCUUCAAGACGAUACUUGCUCAGCAAUAUAUCAAUCUAUAAUAUUAAAAAAAUCUAAAUAUCGUGAUGAACUUGAAAUUGAAUUGGAAAAUAUUAAAGAACAUUCCUUAGUUACAGUUUUCCCUCUAAAUGGAAAUAAUGAAAUUUAG